GGCACCUUUCUCUUCUUCUUCACCCCAUUCUGACUGCUCCAACGUGUAGACAGGCAGCCCUUUUAGCUCGGUCUUCGCGUUCCCACCACCCCUUUCUCUCUCUAAGACACCCCAUUUCUUCAAGAAAAAAAAGGGGUUUCAAAAGUAGUGUUUUUUCUAGUUCUUUCUUUAAUGGCAAAAUCAAAGAAUAAUGCAAAGGAAGUUUCUUACAUAUCAGUUCCAUCACAAAUAAUCAAUUCUUUAUCUUCUUCUUCUUUACAAUCUCUGCUUAUUCCUCCAAAGAAACCAUCAGCAAACAGGUUCUUUGGGUUGAAAUGGUUUAGAAGUCCGAGAUUUUGGUUUUUGGCUCUGCUUCUUUGUGGUUUUCUUGGUACGUUAAAGUUAUGGCACACUCUUGACCCUUUAAUACCGUUUUCUCCUCACCCUUGUGUGACUAGUCAGUCACAGCUGCAAGAGUCUUUUUCUAAUGGGCAUACAAGACAGCAGCUUGGUUUUGUUUCAAAUGAUGAAAGAAAUGAUAGAAAAGAUCAAGAAGUAGGAUCUGUGAAUGCUCAGGAGCUAAAAUUUGAGGCAGGUAUUAUGUCAAACGAAGUAAAACAUGAGUCUUUGAAAGGUGUGGUUGAUUUUCAGGGUGCAAUAUCUGGUGGGGUUGAAGAGGAGAGUGAGUUUUGGAAACAACCUGAUGGGUUGGGUUAUAAGCCUUGUUUAAAGUUUAGUAGUGACUAUAGGAGAGGGAGUAAGCUGAUUUUUGAGGACAGGAGGAAAUAUUUACUAGUUGUGGUUUCUGGUGGAUUGAAUCAGCAGAGGAAUCAGAUUGUGGAUGCUGUGGUGAUUGCAAGGAUUCUUGGUGCUGCUUUGGUCGUUCCUAUUUUGCAAGUUAAUGUCAUUUGGAGAGAUGAAAGUGAAUUUUCUGAUAUAUUUGAUUUGGCGAAUUUCAAGAGAGUUCUAGCAAAUGAUGUGAGAAUAGUUUCAUCAUUGCCAUCAUAUCAUCUAACCAGAAGGCCGGUGGUGGAGAGCCAAACUCCUUUCCAUGUCUCCCCUCAAUGGAUCCGCGCACGUUAUCUCAAAAGGCUUAACCGAGAAGGUGUUUUGCUUCUACGUGGUUUGGAUUCAAGGCUCUCUAAAGAUCUUCCUUCUGAUCUUCAGAAACUUCGAUGCAAGGUGGCAUUUCAUGCAUUAAGGCUUGCGCCAUCAGUUUUGGAGCUUGGUAACAAGAUCGCAGAGAGGAUGCAGAGCAAAGGACCUUAUCUUGCUCUUCAUCUGCGGAUGGAGUUGGAUGUGUGGGUGAGGACUGGAUGCCACCCUGGUUUGAGCCAUGACUAUGACGAGAUAAUCAAUAAGGAGAGGAAACAACGUCCUGAACUACUCACUGCAAAGUCAAACAUGACUUGUCGUGAGAGAAAGCUUGCUGGUCUCUGCCCUUUGAAUGCCUUGGAGGUUGCUAGGCUUCUUAAAGCUCUUGGAGCUCCAAAAAGUGCAAGAAUAUACUGGGCAGGAGGGCAACCACUUGGAGGGAAAGAAGCUUUGCUACCAUUAACCAGAGAAUUUCCUAAUUUCUACAACAAGGAAGAUCUUGCCUUACCUGGUGAACUAAAACCAUUUGCAAACAAAGCUUCCUUAAUGGCCGCCAUUGAUUAUUUAGUUUCAGAGAACAGUGAUGUUUUUAUGCCAUCUCAUGGUGGAAACAUGGGCCAUGCAAUCCAGGGACACAGGGCAUAUGCAGGACACAAGAAGUAUAUAACCCCAAACAAAAGACACAUGCUCCCUUAUUUUCUAAAUUCUUCUCUCCCUGAAGCAGAGUUCAACAGAGUCAUAAAAGAAUUGCAUCGUGACUCCUUAGGGCAACCAGAACUAAGGACUAGCAAAGCUGGAAGAGAUGUUACAAAGUAUCCAGUUCCUGAGUGUAUGUGCAGAGACUCGCAUACUCACGUCUUGUGAUUGACACCAAAGACUGCCAACAUGAUGCAAUUAGAAUGCAAUAUGUGCAGAGUGCAGUGACUCGCAUGCUUAUGGUUAAAUCAGUGCCAGCAUGACGAUAGAAUUCAUGAGAGCCAUGUAAAAUGUUCUAGGCAAUGAUGGCUCUAUUGAGCUCCAUCUUUGAAGUGCAGCUGCAGAAGGGGAAUGCUUUUCCGAGUAAUCUCAUUUAUUUAUUCAUAUGCUCUUAUACAUGCGUGUAUUGUACAUGGUACGCAAGAUAGGUAUGUUACGACAAAAUUAGUAAACUAUGCAGUGUUUCGUUUGAUUCUUUAUAGCUUAUAGGAUACAUCAGUUAAUUCAUUCUUUCUUCUAAAUUUAUGUAGCAUAGGUUCACACGCUGUACAUGUACAAUAACUCAUUUCCAGUGAAAUAUUAUUAUAGCUGGAAAGUGUUCAUCUGUUUCUCAAUCU